AUGCCUGGCUGUGCUUCUGUCCUCUCUGGUACUUGUACAUCUGCGCAUUGGCUUGGGACUGUUGGAAUUGCCCACCUCCCGCUGAAGCGCAAGACUACGUACCUCGACUUUUAUCAUCAAUGGCGCCCCAGCCUUGUGAGUCCUAAAGCCUCCAGCUUCUUUUCUGCCUUCCUCGUCCUCCCUUCAACAACGUCCAAUCCCUCCCUCGACCAUCUCGCCCGCAUCACGCCGUUCCGCCCGUUGCCGCACCGCGUCAACCUGCGAUUGCGAGACCGUCGCGGCUCGACAAAUAAAAGAGGCGCCAUCGCCAUUCGCAACACCCACGCCUCGCUCUACCUACCCAGUCGCAACUUUUCAAGUCUUCCUUCACGCUUUCACGGCGAAUCGAUCUCGCGGCUCUCGACUCUCGACUCCCAAUCCUCCUCGCUCUCCUUUCAUCCUCGACGAACCGCGCCAGCCAUGCCUUCCAAGAGGAAAUUGGUCUCCGAGGCUAACACCGAGCCAGCCAGCGUGCCGUCGACGCUGCCGCCCUCCGUUGAGGAAGCCUAUCGCCGGAAAUGCGUCCAGCUCAAGAACCGCACCACCGAGGUCGAAGAGGCCAACGACGCCGCCCGGCUCCGUCUCGCGCGCAUAAAGCGCCAGGUCGAGAAGCUGAGGAUAGAACGAGCCUUCCUGCUUGAGCAGCUCGCCAAGCGCACCAGCACAAACGUCGAAGACUCCGAGGGCAGCCCCAGCCCGCCUCCCACGGCAACCUCCUUCGAUAUCCCCAAUGAUCCGAAUGCUAACCCCCGAAAGCCCAAGGAUAAGCCGCUGCGCAUCAAGAAGGGCCACCGGAAAUCCAACGCCCCAGCCGACGCGGACGCCGACGCCGACGUCAAGGCUGGCUCCGCCAAGGAACCCACGUCCCCGGCCUCCGAGUCCAACAGCCAGGCCAAGCGGUCGCGCCCCAACGGCAUGGCCAAGUCUCCGCAGCCAAGCAAGACUCCGUUUGAACUGUACUGCGAGGAGGCCCGGCCUGUGCUCGAGGCCAAGGAGAGGGACGACAAGGACGAGGCCGAUGUCAACAUUGACGAGGAGCUCAAGCGCGACUGGGAGGAAUUACCGGAAGCCGAGAGGGAAGAGUGGCAGGCCAAGGCCGAUCAGCUGAACAAGGCGGCACAGGAGGAAGAGGACAAGGCCGCUGCAGAUGCCGAAAACAAUGACAGCUCCAAGAAGAACAGCCCCAAGGCUGAGGCGGACCCCGAGGCCGAUCCCGAAGCUGACCCUGAAGCUGACCCUGAAGCCGAGGCAGACGCAGACCCUGAGCCCGAAGCUGAAAAGGCAGAUGCCCAUGAUGACGACGUCGAGAUGAGCAACUAUGACACCGAGGACCAGGAGACUCAGAUGGACAAGGAUGCCGAUGAUGAAAAGGAUUAG